AUGCGAGAAGUAGCCAAUUAUUGUAUUAUAGAUGUAUUACAUUGCCAAGAGCUUUUGGUAAAGCUAAGUCAAAUAAAUGAUUACAGAGAAGUCGCUUUUAUAGCUCAUGUAUCUUUGUUCAACUCACACUAUCGAGCAAAUGGAAUGAAGGUACAAAACCUUCUGGACGCUUAUGCUUUUAAACAUGAUAUGGUAUUUAGCUCAAGAGUAUGUGAAAAUAUAGAAAAAGGAAAAUAUCCUGGUGCAUACGUUUUUCCACCUGAAAAGGAGAUUGAAACGAGAAGACCUGUAACAGGAUUGAUCUUUGCCUCAUUAUAUUCCAGUCUCAUCAUGGCUUACAAUCUCUCUCCAGAUAAAUUAAUACUAACAUAUGGAGAGGCUGAUAUUGUGGAAAAAAUAAAAACAUUUUACAUAAGAUUGAAGGAAUUAUCUAACAAGAGACUGGAGCUUAAAGCAUGUCUGGCCUCACUAGGAAAGAAAAGACAACAUCUUGGGAAGAUAAUAAGUUCAGCUAAAAAAAGAGGCAAAAGGAUUCCAGAAAGCUUAAAUUCAGAAUAUUCAUCUGCAGGCAACUCAAAAUCUCCAAUCUUUCUCUGUGAAUUAGCUAAAAAAACUAUUUCAGCAGAAAAAUAUACCCUUAAUCUUGUCGCAGAAUUCAUAACAAAGAAAGGGUUUGCGAUAAAAUAUGGUAAUACCAAUUCUUUAUAUCUCACCUGUUCAGAUAAGUAUUAUGAAAAAUGCGAUAAUGCCUUUUUCAGAAAAGAUCUUUUUAAAGAAGCGUAUUGGACUGAAAUGGUUAAUAUUACUAUGAUUGUGAUGAAAAGCUUGCGUGAUCAAGUAAAUACUUAUCUUGAGAUAAAGAAUGGCACAUCUUAUCUUAAGAUGGCAUAUGAAGAGAUAUUAUUUUCCGUCUGCUUUGCUAGCAAGAAAAAAUAUUUCAGUAUAUCACAUGAAGAUGUGGUUAAUUUUAGGCCAAAUGAUCUCUUUAUGAGAGGAAUUGAUACU